GCCAUCUGCCCUGGUAGAUGCCAUGCCAUGAGCCUUUAUUCCUAUACACAUUCUCUCUCUUCUCAUGUUUUGUCCCUUUAAUCUUGAAAAACUAUCAAGUUCCAUUCUAGUUUUCAAUAACUUAGCAAAUUCACAAUUUCAUAAGGGCAUGGCAUGUUCUUCCAUUCCAAUAAUGGCCGCAGUUGUUACUCCUGCUACUACUACACUUGUUCACCACUCUUUUCUAAACCAAAGAAGUUUUUCAACAGGUCUCAACAAAUGUUGGAUCGGUCCUCGCUUCUCUGAGUUAAAAAUGGCCGCAACUGUUAUUCCGACUACAUAUGAUGAUGACAGUUCUGAUCUAAGUCGGAGUAGUUUUCCGAAAGGUUUCGUUUUCGGUACUGCCUCCUCAGCUUAUCAGUACGAAGGUGCUGUAAAUGAAGACGGAAGAGGAAAAAGUAAUUGGGAUAAAAUAGCCCAUGAACCAGGAAAUAUAAAGGAUGGAAAGAACGCAGAUGUAGCUGUUGAUCACUAUCAUCGUUAUAAGGAAGAUGUUGCAAUCAUGAAGUAUAUGAAUACAGAUGCAUACAGAUUCUCCAUCUCUUGGGCGAGGAUAUUGCCAAAAGGAAAACUUAGUGGCGGUAAAAACAAAGAAGGAAUCAGAUUUUACAACAACCUGAUCAAUGAGCUACUUGAUAAUGGUCUAGUACCAUAUGUGACCCUUUUUCAUUCGGAUUUUCCCCAGACCUUACUUGAUGAGUAUGGUGGCUUCCACAGCCCCUAUAUUGUAGAUGAUUUCAAGAGCUUUGUGGAGGUAUGCUUCGAGGAAUUUGGAGACAGAGUAAAUCAUUGGAUUACUCUUAAUGAGCCAUACUUUUACUCUACGAGUACAAAAUAUCCCCUCGUGGCCGCACAAAACCUACUUCUCGCUCAUGCAGCUGCUGUCAAAUUGUAUAAAACAAAUUAUCAGGCUUCUCAAAAGGGUAUAAUAGGCAUCACAUUAAACUGUACCUGGUUUUUGCCGCAAUCAGAUAACCCGUUAGAUCAUCAAGCUGCCGAACGUGCCCUUGAUUUAUUGCUUGGAUGGUUUUUACAACCACUGACAACAGGAGAGUACCCAGCAAGCAUGGUGUCUAAUUUGGAAACAUUACCAAAGUUCACUAAAGAGCAAUAUGAGAGUCUUAUUGGGUCAUACGAUUUUAUUGGAAUUAAUUACUACACCUCCACGUAUGCUGUCAAUAAACCCCCUCAAGAAAAAAAUCUUUACCCAACGUCCAAUGAUGACUUGUAUAGAGCUAUGCAUUACACGGCAACAAGUGAGCGUGCUGAUGGAACACCAAUUGGACCAAAGUUUGGAAGUUGGCUAUAUGUUUAUCCAAAGGGGAUUCAAGAGCUACUGUUGUACAUAAAGAAAAAGUAUAACAAUCCUGUUAUUUACAUAACAGAAAAUGGUUUAAAUGAGUACGAUGAUCCAACCCUAUCACUCGAAGAGACGCUCAUGGAUAUUUAUAGAAUUGAUUACCAUUAUCGUCAUCUUUAUUACGUUGCAUCUGCAAUCAGGCAAGGUGUGAAUGUACAAGGAUAUUUUGCAUGGUCCCUUUUCGACAAUUUUGAAUGGCAAGACGGAUACACCUUACGUUUUGGAAUUAACUUUGUUGAUUUCAAAAAUAAUCUUAAAAGAUACCCUAAGCUCUCUGCCCGUUGGUUUAGGAAGUUUCUUGAGAAACCUUAGAGAGGGAGCUUGAUGUAUGUCAUUGUGAUCACCAAUAAUAUUAUACGAGCUUGGUCGUUAAUCAAGAGCAACUUUAAUCUUUAAUUGGUUUUCUUAAUCAACACUUAUCUAAAUAUUGUAUGGUAUAAAUUAUACCGUAUGGCCCUGUUUGGAUAAACAACUUAUAUAGAUGCUUAU